AUGGCAUCAUCAAGCAGCGCGUCUGCUCGCGAGGAGAGUAGUUCUCUGCCUCCUCUACCGGAGAUCACAGUCGAUAUUCCCAGGUCGCCUAUGCGGGCGAACACCGACGAGACUCUGGCGACUCUGACAGAAGAUGCUUCGCCAGCAACUCUUGCACCAGAGCGAUCCUUCAGAGCAUCGCACUCUCGAAACCCGUCGACAAGUGGUCGCAGCACGACCUCUUCUCGAAAUCCCUUCUCCAGCCGAAGUCGCGCGGCGAGCGAGGCGACACUCGCGCCGCCCUCUACUUCAGCUGGGGCCUCGACGCAUAGCGGCACGAGCGCUUACACUCUCGAGUCCCAUCUGCACGAUAACGCUCUCAAGGCCGAUCCGGGGUGCGAGGAGGACUUCGCGGUCCUCAACAACAAGUUCGCCUUUUCACCCGGGCAGUUGAACAAGAUGCUGAACCCCAAGUCGCUGGCGGCUUUCAUCGCCCUUGGAGGGCUGCCUGGGCUCGAGACUGGCCUGCGGACGGAUGUCGAUGCGGGCUUGAUCUUGGAAGAGACGGAGCUGCCCGGCUCGGUGUCCUUUGAGGAAGUCACGAAGCAGUAUCGGAAGCUUCGCGGGGCUGACGCCUCAGGACUGCCUCGCCCGGUGGAAGUGCGCCAUGUGGACGUGACUGAGCCUGGUCCAUCGGGGAGUGGAUCACACUCCGGCGAAGCGUUCUACGACCGCAAGAGGGUUUACAGCACAAACGUCCUCCCUGCGAAGAAGCCGAAGUCGUUCUUCAUGCUCAUGUGGGAGGCGUACUACAAGGAGUCGGUCCUCAUCCUUCUCACGGUUGCUGCUGUCAUCUCACUCGCUCUCGGACUGUACGAAACGUUCGGCGUCGACCACGGCCCGAACGCGCCCCCGUCUGUCGACUGGAUCGAAGGCUGUGCUAUCUGCGUUUCCAUUGUGGUUGUGGUCAUGGUGGGUGCGGUGAACGACUAUCAGAAGGAGCGCGCCUUUGUCAAGCUCAACGCGAAGAAAGAAGCUCGAGAAGUUAAGGUGAUUCGCUCCGGGAAGUCCUUUACGAUAUCCGUGUACGACGUUAUGGCUGGCGACGUGCUGCAUAUGGAGCCUGGCGAUCUCAUUCCCGCUGACGGUAUCUUCAUCUCGGGCCACAAUGUCAAGUGCGACGAAUCUUCCGCGACUGGCGAGUCUGACCAGAUGAAGAAGACGAACGCUGAGCAGGUGCUUCGCCUCCUGGAGCGCGGCCACAAUGACCACAAGGACCUGGAUCCAUUCAUCAUCUCUGGGAGCAAGGUACUGGAAGGCGUAGGGACUUAUCUUGUAACGUCCGUCGGCGUCAACUCUAGCUACGGCAAGAUCCUCAUGGCUAUGCGGCAAGAGAUGGAACCCACGCCUCUCCAAAUCAAGCUCGACAAGCUCGCCAAAGCGAUCGCGAAGCUCGCCACCGCUGCGUCGUUUCUGCUCCUGCUGGUUCUUCUCUUCCGCCUCGUCGCCACGUUCCCCGGGAGUCCCCUCAGCGCUGCUGAAAAGGCGUCCAGGUUCAUGGAUAUCCUCAUCGUCUCGGUCACCAUCAUCGUCGUCGCUGUACCUGAAGGCCUGCCGCUCGCUAUAACACUUUCCCUCGCGUUCGCCACGACACAGAUGGUUAAGAUGAACAACCUGGUGCGCAUCCUCAAGUCGUGUGAGACAAUGGGCAAUGCUACCACGGUCUGCUCCGACAAAACCGGUACGCUCACUCAAAACAAGAUGACGGUGGUGACUGGCACCAUAGGGAAGGACUCCUUCGACGACAAGAAUCCUGGCGCAGCCAACAACCGCUCUUCUGAGUUCGCCCAGCGCUUGACGAACGAGCAGAAGCGGCUCCUCAUUGAGUCCGUGGCGAUCAACUCAACCGCCUUUGAAGGCGACGGCGGCGAGUUUGGCUUCGUCGGUUCGAAAACCGAGACGGCCCUCUUGGGCUUCGCGAAGAAUGUUCUGGGAAUGACAUCCCUCUCCCAGGAGCGUACUAGCGCGCAGAUGGUGCAGAUGUUGCCAUUUGAUUCGAGCAGGAAGUGCAUGGGCGCUGUGCAGAAGCUCCCGAAUGGCACCUAUCGCCUGCUCGUCAAGGGUGCCUCCGAGAUUUUGCUCGGCUACUCCUCGUCUCUGGCACUUCCGACCGGCAACAUACCCAUGGACGCUGAACAGUCGAAGCGUAUUGCUGACAUCAUCGAGUCCUAUGCGAAGCAGUCGCUCCGGACUAUCGGCCUCGUCUACAAGGACUUUCCGCAGUGGCCGCCACGAGGUACGGAACAUGCAGAUGAUGUCAGCAUUGCCGCAGACUUGGGCGCGCUUCUCCAUGACAUGACCUAUAUCGGCGUCGUCGGUAUCCAGGAUCCUCUCCGACCGGGCGUUCCCGAAGCAGUCGCGAAAUGCAAGCACGCCGGCGUUGUAGUCCGAAUGGUCACUGGCGAUAACAUCACCACGGCCAGAGCCAUCGCCACUGACUGCGGCAUCUACACCGACGGCGUCGUAAUGGAGGGACCUGAGUUCCGCAAGCUGAGCGACGAUGACAUGGACGCUAUUCUGCCUCGCCUCCAAGUCCUAGCUCGCUCGUCGCCGGAGGACAAGCGCAUUCUAGUUACCCGUCUCCGGAAACUUGGUGGUAUCGUCGCCGUUACCGGUGAUGGCACGAAUGACGGCCCUGCGCUAAAGGCGGCGGAUAUUGGCUUCUCCAUGGGCAUCGCGGGCACGGAGGUCGCCAAGGAGGCGUCGGCAAUUAUCCUGAUGGACGAUAACUUCGCUUCUAUCCUAACGGCAUUGAUGUGGGGACGCGCGGUGAACGACGCGGUGCAGAAGUUCCUCCAGUUCCAGAUUACAGUGAACAUUACGGCAAUGGUUGUCGCGUUCGUGACGGCAGUCCAGGACUCGGAGAUGCGCUCCGUCUUGACAGCUGUACAGCUCCUCUGGAUAAACCUCUUCAUGGACUCACUCGCCGCGCUCUCCCUCUCCACCGAUGCCCCCACGGAAGAAAUCCUCGACCGCCCGCCCACGCCCCGCAGCGCCUCCAUCAUCAGCCUGACAAUGUGGAAAAUGAUCAUCGGCCAAGCCAUCUUCCAAGUCAUCGCCACCUUCAUCAUGCACUUCGCGGGGCCCAAGUUCCUCCCCUACCCUGAGUCCGAAAUGCGCACCAUCAUCUUCAACAUGUUCGUCUGGCUGCAGAUCUUCAACCAGUACAACAACCGCCGGCUCGACAACAAGCUCAAUAUCUUCGUCAACAUCCACAAGAACUACUACUUUAUUGGGCUUAAUGUGGUUAUGGUGGGGUGUCAGGUCGUUAUUGUGUUCUUUGGGAGCACGGCGUUUAGUAUCGUGGCGCUAAAUGGACCGCAGUGGGCAAUUUCGGUGGUGGUGGCGGUACUGUGCAUGCCGUGGGGGUGCUGCGUGAGACUUUUCCCGGAUCGGUGGUUUGAGGUGGUGGCGAAGUUUGUUGGGAAGCCGUUUGUGCUGGUGUAUCGGCCGCUUGCGCGGACGACGGAUAGGAUCAUGCAUAAGAUGAAGCCGAGGAAGAAAGAGCUAGUCGAAGCUGCGUCGAGCGACGGAGAGAGCUAUACGGGGAGGGGGAAGUCACCUGUGCAGACGAGUAGGGCGAGUGGGGAUGUCGAGAAAGGUGUCCUGUAG